AUGACUAAACAACGGCAUUUUGGGUCGGAUUCUGGCGGUGCGAGUACUGCUAUUGCAAAUAAGGUGCGCCAGGGCGACGUAAAACACGCCGUUGUUGUAAGAGCAAAACAAAACGUCCAACGAUCGGACGGAGGUUUUGUCAAAUUUGACGACAAUGCUUGUGUGCUGAUUAACAAGUCGGGGGACCCUAUCGGAACACGGUUGAAUGGUAAAUCUGCUCCUUGGGAUUUCUGA